AUUGAAAGGGAUAAAGUGAUACUAGAUCAUAGUUAAAGGGCGUAAAAUGUGAUGUACCCUGCUCUUUGAGAUAUCAAAGCCAAACGCAUUCUCAACCGUCAGUUUGGAUGAUGACGGCCACCGGCGUCUCCUCCGCCGCCUCCUUGUCCAGCGCCGCCACCAACCGCCGCAUAUCCAAAAUUCGCGCCAAAUUUCGACCCACGCACCCUUGCGGUAGCAAAACUAUCGAAGCUUUGUCAUCCGUUGCAACUGCCGCCGUCGAAAAUGGUUCAAAGUCUGCAUCAUUUGGAAGGAGAGGAAUGCUAUCUGUCACCACAAUACCGUUUUUUCUAAAUCUACAUGAAUCCCUAGCAGGAUUUCAUGCUGAUGCUGCAGAGCCCUUCAGGGAUUAUUUUCUUGUGAAGGAAGAGGUAAAAAAGGUAUUGUCUAAGGGGAAGGCUGCUGGUGUACUUCGUUUGGUUUUUCAUGAUGCAGGAACCUUUGAAAUAGAGGACAAUGCAGGUGGAAUGAAUGGCUCUAUUGUUUAUGAACUAGAUAGACCUGAAAACACAGGCCUUCAAAAAUCUCUUAAGAUUCUUGGAAAAGCAAAGGCUGAAGUGGAUAUGAUGAUACAGCCAGUAUCAUGGGCAGAUAUGAUUGCAGUAGCAGGAGCUGAAGCUGUUUCUGUGUGUGGAGGUCCAAAUAUUCCACUUCAGUUAGGCAGAAUAGAUUCCAUGGUGCCUGAUCCUGAAGGGAAACUUCCUCAAGAAUCAUUGGAUGCUUCAGGUCUGAAACGGUGUUUUCAGAGAAAAGGCUUCUCUACACAAGAACUUGUUGCAUUGUCCGGGGCUCAUACUCUUGGUAGUAAAGGUUUUGGAAACCCAAUUUCCUUUGAUAAUGCGUACUUCAAAAUACUUCUAGAGAAGCCGUGGUCGUCUUCAGCUGGUAUGUCAAGUAUGAUUGGGCUUCCUACAGAUCGUGCACUUGUUGAGGAUGGUGAAUGCUUUAGGUGGAUUUCAAUGUAUGCCAAUAACCAGGACUUGUUCUUUGAAGAUUUUAAGAAUGUUUAUAUCAAACUGGUGAAUACUGGUGCCAUGUGGAAGCCAUCAUUGUAAUUUUUUCUUUUGGUUAGAGUGGGUUGAUAUUCUUUUUUGGGGGCAUCACUCUAAUUUCCUGAGUGCAUAAUAAAAUAAAGAAAGGCUUCACGUAUAUACUUUUUCGCCUUCUAAUUUUUUCGAGCUGUGUAUUGUGAUGACACAAAAAUGUAUCAUAGGAGUAAGACAUGCACAGAAUCCUACUUUACGUAUGUAGAGUAGAAAACUGGUUGGUGGCAAAAAUCCUUCCCGAUGUAGCUGUCAUUUGAUAUGCAAAAUGGAUUUGAA